AUGAUGGCGUCUCAAGCCAAGGACAGAUUGACCUUUCAUGAGACAGACGAGGCAGAUACUCCUACUGCUACUUAUGUCUUCUCAAACCAAGAUGGAUCGAAAGGAUCCCUAGGGCGGGUGGACGUGAUGGUAGGCCUCAAUUCCAUUAAUCUUAACCCCGUUGAUAUCCGAUUGGCUCAAUUGCGAUUCUUGAUCUUGCAAAUCAUGCUCUUCGUGGAAAGCAUGGCGGUUGCUCUCUGGAUGAGUCUCCGUGUGGCCACAUGUCCUCACUUCAUGGAUGUCAUUGUCAACUCUGAUGCACCUUCGACCUCAUCAUGGUCUACCAAACCCCUAGUAGCUACUCUGAGUGAGAUCUUUCUGCCGUCAGGAUACCCACAGAGUGUGAGCGAUGACUAUCUACCAUAUCAAAUAUUCGAUUCCCUGCAAGCAUUCUGCAGCUCUAUCGCCGGUCUUCUCUCCUCGAGGGCAGUGUUACAAGGAGUCGGUGUGGGUAAUGCUAGUGCAUCCCCAACAUCUGCCCUUCUUCUACACAUCCUGCAGGACUCGUCCGGUCGUGUUGCAACAAUUUUAUUCGCACACAGAGCCGGGACAGCCCUCGAACCAGAAUGCAAGACAUACCGGCUAGCAGCCGACGUGUUCAACGAUAUCGCCAUGAUCCUUGACUGUCUUUCGCCAAUGGUCCCUGCUGGUGUCAUGCGAGUGACCAUCCUCAGUACAGCGGGAGUCUUGCGAGCUCUAUGCGGUGUUGCAGGAGGAAGUUCAAAAGCAAGCCUAAGUGCUCAUUUUUCAAAAUGGGGCAAUUUGGCAGAGCUCAAUGCUAAAGAUUCCUCUCAGGAGACUGUCAUCUCCCUCCUAGGCAUGCUUGUUGGCUCAGUCGUCGUCUCACACAUCACCGGCUUUAAAACCACCUGGAUCGCUCUACUUAUCCUCCUAGCAGCCCAUCUAAGCCUAAACUACGCAGCCGUACGAUCAGUGCAGAUGACCAGUCUCAAUCGACAACGAGCAAACAUAGCCUUCUCGGCUUUACUCUCGUCCGAUUCAGCCUCACUCGACAUCCAAGACAAACAUACCAAAAGCAAAUCCAUCAACCAGGAAAACUGGACAGUCCUCACCCCUGCCCAAGUAUCCAAGCAAGAACGCAUCUUCCCCCGCGAUGGCGUCCUCGAAUGGACAACCUCGAACCAACCAAGGCAAUACCUCGGCACGGCCGAAAUAGGCAUAUCACUACCUAAAUUCUUCGCGGCUUCAGGCCCGUCGUUCCAAACAUCAAUCCCCAUGACCAAAUUACACGACCUCUUUGUCGAAGAGCAGUAUAUCCUCUUCCUUUUCCCACGUGGCACGAGUUGGCACGCUUCCAUCCUCCUUAAGAAAGAAUGUGCCGUCCAAUCACAGCUGAAAGCGUGGAUGCAUGCGCUUUUAGCCGCACGUGUUUUGUCCGAGGCUGAUACCACCUCCGAGAGCAAACAAUUUAUUUACGAGGCUGUGGAGAGUACGCUUGGGGUUUUGAAUGAUGGGGAGAGGGUUGAGAGGUAUUUGAGUGCGUUGGCUGGGAAGGGGUGGGUACUUGAUAUUGGGGCAUUGGAGACACGGGGUGGACGGAGGGUUGUUUUGAGUAAAUAG